AUGAUAUGGCUCACCUUUUUCAAUCUCUUCCUCUUCGUCGUCUCCGCCUUGACAUUAAUAUGCGUUGCCUUUACACAGCGGUCGCCAUCGCAGCAUCAUGUCGCGAGCUUGAUGGAACAAUUCGGAGUAUUCUCCCCUGCGAUGCAUAUGGUCGAAUACACGCAAACAAAGUUUGAGCUGCCAAACCCACUCAAUUCAUCAAAAUACGUCGGUAUCACAGAUGAAGUCGAAAACGCCUGGAUGGACAUCGCCUAUUUGCCCGACCAAAUGGUCUCGAUGAAGGACUUCCCUAAACUUGAAAAGCCUGAGGAUUCAUUGAAGGUCACUGACCCCAAGACCGGAGAGACCGGAUAUCGUGUCGGUCUUGAAGUCUUCCAUCAGCUUCAUUGCUUGAACUUGCUUCGCAUGUCGACUUACCCAGAGUACUACACCAAGCUCUGGUGGUCGGACACCAACGACAAGCCUGAGAAAGUCAGAGCGCAUUUGGAUCAUUGCAUAGAGAUUCUCCGAAUGAACCUUAUGUGUCUCUCAGACGUCAACGUGUUCACCUUCCGCACUAUACCUGGCCGCGAAAGUGAGGGACCAUGGCCUGACUACGAAUCGAAGCAUGUGUGCCGUAAUUUUGACGACAUCAAGAAAUGGGCGAAUGACAACGCCAUGCCCGACGAAGAUGUUUGA